CACAUUCUCAACCUCGAUCUCGAAUCCUCUUGGGACUCAUCUCCCUGCGCAGGAGAUGUCUAUUAUCGACUAUUUUCAAGACACUCUUUCCUCCAUACGAUGCCCAAGUACGUGAGGCGUCAGCCGCUUAUCGACAGAGUCAAGGCUUCCCUCAACCCUUACGACUUCCUUCUAUGGCUUUCGGAAGAGAUCGAAUCAAACGGCUGGGAUCAACUUGAGAAAGAAUGGGCUACGCCAAUCGGUGUCUUCUUGAAUGUAUUCUUCAUCGUCGCAAGGGCGAAUUCAAAGUCCACAUCCCGCAGCUAUGACGAUGUGUUCGGGGAUGUUCCACGAGUCGCUUGGACAGCAUGGCUGAGUAGACUCAUAGUUCUGUUCUUGACCAGUCUAUGCCUCUUGAAUGCAGCCUACACAUUUUCACGCAAGAAGCACUACCGACUCUUCGAGAAUUCCAUCGAUACAGUUCCCAGCACUCCUUCGGCGAAGCGAGUACGAGUUGACUCUUCUCCUGUCUCUUCCUCCCCCCUACGAUUCCUUUCUACUAUCCUUGGGACAGAGUCGGCCCAGUCCAGAGCACAUCCAGACCCGAAACGAGAUGUUUGGGAAGUCGCAAUUUGGGACCCUUUGCCUGUGUCGCUGCGCAUUUUCUGUUACUUCAGCCCGGGUCAUAUCCUCAUUUAUUGGCUUUUCUUGCCAACAAUCGCCUCUGAUCCUCGACCGAGCGUCACCAUCGUCGUCACCAUGUUCCUCGCAUUCCUUCUAUCGGUUCAACUAUGGUAUCUUCAGUCAAGCUUUGCUACUCAGACCAAAGACACGGCGUUUAUUUCGAAAGAGGUCAUGCAUGAAUAUGAUACGAAAUAUGUUCGACCACGGACGCAGCCAAUCUACAGGGAUGUUGGCACACAGUUUAGUGAAAAUGCCUCCUACAGCGCUGGCCGUGACGAGCAGUAUAAUACAGUGGAGGUGUACACACCAAUGGUAGUCAUUAAUCGUGGCUUUAACACACACGCCAACGCAAAUUACUCUCAGUAUACUGAUCCAGACACGGCGCUCUCGAGCAAUUUACGACAUCGUGUCUCUACCCCUGAUCUCAAGUCCCCUGCACAAGCGAUACAGCCGAGUUCUUCAGUAAGGCCGUUGACUGCCAUGCGUCAGCCAAACUUUCGCCCACUUCCUGCUGGUGGUGAUGGUGGGAGCCUUGGCGUCUAUUCACAUGCUGCAUCUCCUCUCAGAAAGAGUACUUCGAGCAAUUUCGCACGGGAGCGUCUCACUCAAAGCCCCGAGAAACGAUCGAUCAGUCCUGAUAAGCGGAUGAGUGUGCCUGCUGGAGGAAUAAACACAAUUGCCGCAUCUCAAAGAUGGGGACAUUUGAAGCCCGAUAGACAUCGAAGAGAGAGCGGCCGUUUCUAGCUAGUAUAUCAGAAUCCAGCCUCGUUUUUACAAUGGCCACGUCAACCCCUUCUCAUUCUGUGGUUCUCACGCUGGCGCUCGGUCGUUCCUUCUUGUUAGUUGGGCACGGCCUAUCAUGUAGUUGGGUGGUGAGACAUCUGGAUCUUGGAAUACCAAAUUUCAUGGGGCGUUGUCCUCAGCACCAACCUCG